AUGUCAGACUUCAACGCCGAGUUGGACGUCCAAUCAGACAAGCCUCUCUUCGCUUCAAACUACAUUCCGGCAUCUACAGUACAAGUUCACGCCUCCAAUCUGUUACAGCUACCGAAUGGCGACCUGUUAUGCGCAUGGUUCGGAGGCUCCCAGGAAGGACUCUCCGAUAUUUGCAUCCAUCUUUCGCGGCUGAAGAAGGGCUCACGGGUAUGGUCGACGCCGCAAAAGAUCUCGGAUGAUCCAGAGCGUAGUGAACAAAAUCCAGUGUUGUUUCUCGUUCCUGGAACAGCAGCUUUGUGGGUAAUGUAUACGGCGCAGCCAGCUGGAAAUCAAGACAAAGCUGUUGUGCGAUACCGUGUGUCAUCGGAUGAAGGCCAAACAUGGAGUCUGGCGCACAAUCUUUUCAACGAUGAAGGGCUCUUCAUCAGACAGCCAGUCACUGUUCUGAAAGAUGGUACCUGGGUGCUCCCAGCGUGGUACUGCCGCAAUCCCCCUGGAUUUCGCUGGGUCGGCUCAGAUGACAUUUCCGUUGUCAAAUAUACGAGAGAUGGCGGAAAAACUUGGCAAGAGAAGGGAGUUCCCAACUCUAUAGGGGCUGUACAUAUGAACAUCAAAGCGCUUCGUGAUGGCUCGUACAUUGCUUUCUAUCGCUCGCGGUGGGCAGACAACAUCUACAUGUCGACAUCUACCAACUGCAUCGAUUGGACGGAACCUAAGCCCACAUCCCUUCCGAAUCCCAACUCUGGUAUCUGUUUCGAGGUUUUAUCCGACGAUCGUCUCAUCAUGAUCUACAACGACUCUCAGUUCGAGAAAGGCCAAGCGAAACGCGAGGGCCUUUAUGAUGACAUUACUCCCAAAGAUGAUAAACGCGUCAACCAGCGUGGUUCGACCAAGGAUGCUGUGUGGGGAGUACCUCGCAAGAUAAUGACUGUGGGUGUGAGCAGUGAUGGAGGUAGGACGUGGAAGAGUAAGACAUUGCAAGAAGGCGAUGGAUUUUGCAUGACGAACAACUCGCGAACAAAAGAGAAUAGAGAACUCAGUUAUCCCAGCAUCUGGGUGGAGAGGGGCGAUAAAGAUGUCGUGAAUGUUGCAUUUACAUUCUGGAGACAGCGGAUCAAGUUCAUUCGUUUCGAUGUUGACUGGCUAAACAGCUAG